CAACGACCCACAGAAACAAUAGAACGAACAAGUCAGCAAGAAAGUAAAGUCUCAUUACUCAAGCUCUCAAAAAGAGGGAACUGAAUAUGAAAUAGAGAAAAAAACUUCAUUGGAGAAGAAAACAAGGAGAGCCCAGACCAGGACGAGAUAACGGCGCUUCCAACGCUCUUUUAACAUUGGUGGCAACUGGAAAGAGAUGGUUCGAAACUCCGAAAAGUUCCAACACAGUUAGUUCUGGGUUGGCGUUGAUUUGAGAUUUUUUUUUUGGCUUCUGGAUUGUUUAAGAGAUGACGCUUGGGAAUGACGAAAGGAAAAAGUUUCGUUUGCGAAAAAUCUUUCGAACAAGGGAGAAUAAAGGAAGGAAGAAGAGGGAAGGACCAAUUGAUUCUUCCGUGGAGUUUGAAAGGUGCUCACCUUUUUCAGCUACAGCCAUCAAGAAAAGCUUGUCAGAAUCUACUUCAAGGCUAGGAAGUUUCAAAUUCAGAAGCCCCCGAUCUCCAAUGACAAAUUUUCCCGAUUUUCAGACUUUACGUGUUUUUGUGGCAACCUGGAAUGCAGGUGGAAAAUGCCCUCACAGUGACCUGAAUCUUGGUGAUUUUCUUCAGGUGGAAGAUCCAUCAGACAUUUAUGUUUUGGGUUUUCAGGAAAUAGUUCCCUUGAAUGCUGGAAAUGUGUUAGUUAUAGAAGACAAUGAGCCAGCGGCAAAAUGGCUAGCUCUCAUCAACCAGGCCCUGAACAAAACUCCAGAUGACAACACCACCGACAUUCCAAGCCCCCCACUUGAUUACUGUCCCUUUCCUUCUGAAGCUUCUGGCAAAAAACCAAUAUCCAAAGAUUUGAAGCCCAAUGGUGGUCGACUAUUCUUCCAGAAGCCUUCUCUUAAAAAGGUCAGUAGAAGCUUAAAGGUACAGAAGGGAAGAAGCCUCAAGAGUUGCAAUUGUUGCCCUUCUGAUUUGGAAAGAAAGAAUAGUAAGGACUCCUGUUUUAGAUGCCAAGAAGCUUAUGUUGCUGAAGAUGACUCUUCCUCAGAAAAUGAAGAUGGUUCAAACAGUUUCCUGAUGACAGAGAUCACCACUAACCAGAUGAAUUACAGCCUUAUAGCCAGCAAGCAGAUGGUGGGAAUUUUUGUCACUGUUUGGGCAAGGAAGGAACUUGUUCCGCACAUUGGACACUUGAGGCUCUCCUGUGUUGGGCGUGGAAUAUUGGGAUACCUUGGAAACAAGGGGUGUAUCUCUGUUAGCAUGUCUUUGCACCAAACAAGCUUCUGCUUUGUCUGUAGUCACUUGGCUUCUGGGGAAAAAGAAGGAGAUGAGCUUAGAAGAAAUUCUGACGUCAUAGAGAUACUGAAAAGCACCCAAUUUCGAAAAAUCUGCAAAGCACCUCAUCGUAGGAUCCCCGAGAGAAUUCUAGAACACGAUCGGGUCAUUUGGUUAGGGGACUUGAAUUACCGGAUUGCUUUGAGCUACUCAGAAACCCGAAAGCUUCUGGAGAACAAUGAUUGGGAUGCCCUUCUUGCGAAGGAUCAGCUCAAGAUUGAACGAGAAGCAGGACGAGUUUUUGAAGGGUGGAAAGAGGGGAAAAUCUACUUCCCUCCAACAUACAAGUACUCCAACAACUCAGAUUCUUAUGCCGGAGAGAGUGUAACAUCAAAAAAGAAGAGGAGAACUCCUGCUUGGUGUGAUAGAAUACUAUGGCGUGGGAAUGGGAUAGAGCAACUCUAUUACGUACGUGGCGAAUCAAGGUUUUCUGAUCACAGGCCAGUUUGUGCAGCUUUUGAGGUGCGGGUAGCAAUUCUGGAAGGAAAAAAUAAGAAAGCACUUUCUAACUCCAACAUGAAAGUUGAAAUUGAAGAGCUCUUACCUCCAACUGCUGCAAGAUAUUUGCACAGACAAUGUGUCGUGGAAAAAACUUAAUAGGCAUGCGGUGGCUAUUAUUCUUUUUCGGGGGUACUGCAAGAAAUCUAGACAUGGAUGAAGGUCAAAAGCUAGGACUAACACAAUUCAUCUUGUGCUGAUUUUUCCAUUUACUGUGAUUCUUUCUUGGAGUUACUGGAGGACUUAGAAUAGUCCCAUGCUCCUCAGAUAAAAAAUUGAUGUAUAUUAGAUUGAAAGCACAUAACUUUCACUGGAA